GUUCCGCUCCUACGUGCGUAUUCGAGCUCAGCGACCGCCCACUUCUACACCACGAACGCGACCGAGAUGGAUGCCUUCAUUAACGACGCGGACCACUACAUCUCAGAGGGCGUCGCCGCGCAGAUCCUUCCGUCCGCCACCCAAGCUCCCACCGCCGUCCCGCUCUUCCGGAUGUACAACACCAAGUCGACGGACUACUUUUACACCGCGAACACGACACAGCGCGACGACUUGCUCAGCCUUGGAAACUACGUGAGCCAAGGUGUGACUGGCUACGUGUAUCCGGACCAGGAGUGCGGCACAGUGCCACUGUAUCGCGUGGACCAGAGGACGGACCACGUAGACUUCAACUUCUACACGACGGACCAAGCUGAGGUGGACGACUACGUGGACGUGCUGGGGUACAACAAUUCCGGAGUCACUGCAUACGUGAACCCCCAGUGA